AUGAAGCCUCAGCAUCAAGAGACACUGAAGAAACUUCAGGAUUGUCUCUGCAGACAGAGAGAGGCAGUGAAAUACAGGCUGAGAAAACUCAGUGCUAGACAAACUGAAAUAACUAAAAAGUCUACAAUAUUAAGAGAUGGCAUACAGAAAAAGUAUGAUGAAAUGAAGAAAGUUCUGGAAGAAGAUUGCAGGAGCACUCUCAGUCUUUUGAAGGCAGAGGAGAAAGCUGCCAUUCAGGCUGUGGAUGACUUAAUUGAGAAGAACUGUCUCAUGCUCAAAGACAUUGAACACCAGCUCUCUGAACUAACAGAGGAGAACAUAAUCAGAGGCAAAGAUAUGGUGAGGGUUUUUUUUCUUUUGGAGGGGAGAGUACAGGACCUGCUGGAGAACACAGACCCAGGGAGGGUGAAACUGGAUGAACCAAAAGCAGACCAAAUCUUGAGCCUUACUCACAAUCUUCUGCUGUUCAUUCGCUCCCAGAUCCCUGUCACCAAGAGACUACUCAAGAGCUAUUCUACAGACGUGACGUUGGAUCCCGACACUGCUCAUCCAAAUUUGAUCAUUUCUCCAGCUGGUGACACUGCAACCUACACCAGCAUUUGGCAGGAAGUCCCUGAGUAUGAAGGCCGUUUUGACACCACAAUCAAUGUCAUCAGCAAACAGUGCUGGGAUUCCGGCUAUCACUACUGGGAAGUGGAUGUGACGGGGAAAACCUACUGGGAGAUAGGUCUCACUUAUCCUACCAUUCCCCGAAAAGGUCGUAAAGAGGACUGUUGGCUGGGUCGUGGCCCAGAGUCUUGGUGUGUGGAGUUUUUUAAUGGAGAUUACACAGCCUGGCACAGAGGUGUUGACCAUCCACUUCCCAUUACCCAGUCUUUCACUCGGAUUGGGAUCUUCUGCAGUUUCUCUGUUGGCCUGGUUUCAUUCUUAGGAAUGGACAAUAUGACUCCACUCUUCUCCUUUUGCUCUGGAACAUUCACCGACUCUCUCUAUCUUGCACUGUGCCCAGGUCAUGACCUACAAGGUGCCAACUCUAAACCCAUAAAGAUUUACAGUGCUAUAAGGAACAUCAGUCAAUCCUGA